AUGUCCGAUAACAAGUCUCCCUCUGGACGUUUCGUCCCUCGCCCAUUAAACAAACCAAUACCGGGACUACGGACCAUCGAUCGGACAACGCCAACUAUGAAGUCAGUCCUAGGCCCUCAACUUUCGGGCAACGACUAUUUUAGAAGACGACUUGCCCGCGGUACACCAGCCCAGAAUGCGAACGAAGGGGUAACCCCGUUUUUCAGACUUGACAAGGGCAAGGAUCGCGAAGUUUCUGAAGACUUUCCAGAAGAAACAAGCUUCCAGCCGAGAAUCACCGGCCGCAUCAUCGGAUCCUCUGCAUCGAACUGGAGGCGCACUGAUAAUCCUCCACAUCUAGCCAACCCCACCGCAAGCCAAUCCUCGGAGACCGCAGGGCCAUCUGGACAAGACCGCAACACGGGACAAUCAGACAUUGCCGAACUUGUGAUCGAGAUGCGACUUCAACGAGAGGCCAAGGAAGCCAGAAGACACGAUGAACGCCUCCGCAGGGCGACCGAGGAGGCCAGGACACAGGCCAGGUGGGAGCUCGAUGAGGAUUCGAAAAUCUCCACCAUCGUAUCCGCCGCUAUCAAGGAUUUUGCCCUGGAAGAUUUCCUCAAGCCUGACGGAUCCAAUAUUUGUCGCUGGGAACAGGCCCUCAGCGCGACCGCUGCGAAGAGAUUCCGCAACGCCUACUUCUACACCCCUCAAGAAGGCGAAGUAAUCAUCCCCUACCAUGAACGAAUCGCAAUGGGGAUCAUUCAAUCCUCAGUACAAGCCGGCCUCUCAUUCGAUUUGCUUGAUUUCGACAGUUCAGCCGAAGUCUAUUCCCACCUCGUAUCGAAGUUUCGAAUUGUCAACCGGGCUCGUCAACUUCAAGCCUGGGAGAAGGUGAAAAGCAUCACACUUUCCGACUACGGCAGCGCCGCUGAAGUUCUGGCGGAGUUUGAUCAAUGCGCCCGAACCUUUGUAGAACAAGGCAUUGAGCUUACAUGGGAGACUAUAAUCAGUUUCGUGCUCCAAGGCAAUCUCAAAGAUCACCUCCGACCGGUCCUGGACCAGAAAGUUGACUUGUACAUGGAGACCCACGAAUCCAUGGCGCCGGGCCCAAUUGACAUCCUUCGGUACUGGGACGCUGCGCGAACGGAGCAUCGACUAGCGGAAGAGACAGGCCGACACCCGACUUCAGCGUUGAACAUGAGUCUAGCUAGCCGAAGCAACACUAGCGUUUCAGGAGAAGUUUCAGGAACCGUUUCAGGAUCCGAUCCCAAGAGCCCGGAAACAACCGACGUCACAGCGAUGGCACUCAACAGGCCAGGCCAUUGCUACAUCUGCAAAAAGGUCGGCCAUAUGGCCCCUGAAUGCCCAACUAGCAGAAAAAACAACCCUAGUACCCGCCCACCCAGCCAACGUCCCAACCCUGCGGUAAACUUCCCACCAUGUUCGGUAACAUACAACUUCGAUAAGGUUCCCUACAUCAGACCAGUGCAACCAGCGGCCGACACGAACGCAAAAGCAUCUGGUCCGUCACAAGGAAUGUAUCGGCCUCCCCACUCCUCUCAACACAAGACACAGCCUCCGGCAACCAAUCCCAAGAGCGUUGAGACUAGGCAGAUCAACACUGACCUGUUCGCGGAGGAAGAUGAUGAGGUCGAAUAUGUUUUCGACAAUGAGAACCUCUCGGCGGAACCCACGGGCCAUCGUUUCAACCUACGGGAAAUGACGCUCAACCGUGAAGGACAAGAAGUCAUCUGGGACUCCGGUGCAUCAGAUAACGUGACGGGCGACAGGUGCGCACUGUUUGAUUUUACACCGCUAGCCCAACCUAUUGCCGUCAAGGUGGCGACUGACACCGCAUGUGAUUUUAUCACAGGUACGGGUACUUUGAAAUUUGCAGGGAUGAACGGAACAACCAUCGCAGUUAGGAACGUCUAUUACUGUGAGCGGGCUAGAUCAACGUUACUAUCCAUUGCCGCAUUCAAACAGGCCAAUGCCUGUUUCAGAGUCAAUGGUAAUUUUGACUCUAUUGAUUUGCUCUCUAGCGACGGUCAGCUUCUUCUCCGCAGCAAGUUCGACCCAAUCAAAAACACGUGGCCUCUUCAUCAGCCCAAAAGAUCACCCCAUGCCAGUCUUACUCUCCCCAGUCAACUUUGUUUUCCGUUUUCUAAUCAUGCAAUUGAAGCCAAGUCCGUUUUUAAAUCUCCGGAUAUAAUUGAACAUAGCCAGUUCACAUGGACUGGUGAGGACUUGACUGAUGAUGAGAAGACACUUCUAUUCUGGCAUCGCCUGUUUGGCCAUGCGAGUCUGAGAAAAAUUAGAAGGUUAGUUAAACUACAACUUGGUUAUGGAUUACCACCGACGAUGCCCACUGGAUCAAUCAAAUGCCCGGUAUGCUCCAUCUGCAAGGCGACAAGGACAUCAGCACUUGGUCCAACAAACAGAAUACUGAGCAAACUAGCAGUUGUGUGUGUAGAUCUCAUGGGACCAUUCGACACCCCCACAAUGACCGGUGGGAGGUUUGCGCUUACCAUCCGUGACAUCUUCACCUCAUAUAGCGAAGUGAAAGUUCUCAAGACAAAAGCAGAGGCAGCUUCCGUGCUGAUGGAGACCAUCCUGCGAUGGGAGACCCAGACUGCCACCAAACUCAAAGUACUUCGAUCAGAUAAUGGCGGUGAGUUUGACUCCAAGAUACUAGGUAAGUUCCUCAGCAACAAAGGCAUCGCAGCGGAGCGCUCCCUUCCUUAUCAUCACUUCCAAAACGGCACAGCUGAAAGGUACAACAGGACGGUGUCAGAUAUGGGAAGGAGCGUCUUAUAUGACAGCGAACUUGGCAGAGAAUUUUGGGGGUACGCCUUCAUGUGGUCUGCCUGGACUCUGAACCGAAUUCCUAACCGGGUAACCAAGGAAAAAACCCCCUACGAGUGUUUUUUCGGAGACAAACCCCAACUGGACAGAACUAGGGUUUUCGGCUCGAAGGCGUACGUUCUGCUUGCGCCCGAAAAGAGAAAGAAGCUGGACGAUCGUGCCGUUGAAGGGCUGGUUGUGGGCCACCUAGCGGACUCAAAGGGCUGGACAUUCUGGAUUCCAAGCUCAAAGAAAUUCGUUUCCUCUGCCUGGGCUGAUUUUGGAAGAAACACGCUGCCUGCUGCAAAACCAUCAACAGAAAAACCCGACAAAAUGGACAAGAAGACACCUACGACGGCCAAAAUUCAACAAACAACAGCAUCAAAUCUUCUUCAGCUGAAUGACUUCAGUGAAGAAAUCAAAGUUACGGCACAAGAGAAGGCUGUCGAUCAAUGUUUGAAGAACUGCCAGGACGACUCGGGUGAUUUACCGUCAACCUUCAAAGACGCUAUGCGUUCAAAGGAGGCCGCUCACUGGAAAGAAGCGGUGAACACCGAGCUGGAAAACUUACGUCGAAAGUCGGUCUGGAUAGUUAAAAAACUCCCAUCCAACCGUCGAAAGCUUGGUGCGAGAUGGGUUUUCGCCAAGAAGAUCAAUAAUGACGGUUCAAUCAAAUACAAAGCUCGGUACGUGGCGAAAGGGUUCAACCAAAAAGAAGGGACCGAUUUCGCGCACACUUUUGCGCCCACAGCGACCUUUACUUCGAUGCGGGUACUGCUCACUAUAGCUGCAAAGAAUAAUUGGCCAAUUUAUAAUUUCGACUUCGUAGCCGCUUAUCUCAAUGCACCGAUUGAUGAGGAGGUCUGGGUCCAAGCACCUGAAGGGCUUGACGUCAAUCUCGGAGAGGCUUGUCUCUUGCGACGCGCGCUCUACGGUACGAAGCAAGCAGCGCGUUGCUGGUGGAAACAUCUGAACAAAACUCUGGCUGACCUAGGUUAUAGCUCAAGCUAUUACGACUCUAGUGUAUACACCCUUAGUAACAAAGUUGACCGGUCCAUCAUAUGGGUACACGUUGACGAUGGGAUUGUUACCGGCUCAUCAAAUGCUGCUCUCAAACAACUAGAAUCACAACUAAAGGGAAGCCUAGAAAUCAAGUGGGAAGAGGGACUUACCAGCAUGGUUGGAGUGAAGAUACGCCGGACUCCAGAGGGUUUUGAACUGACCCAACCGAACCUGAUUGCGAAGAUUCUUAAAGAGCGAUGGGAUGGGUCUACGCUGCACUCCAGUCCACUACCAGAAGGUUACUCUGCAAACACCGAAGAGGACGCCAACGGUAUCAACAGCACAGAUUUUCUAUCAAUAGUGGGCGGCCUCAGCUAUGUUGCGGUGGGCACGCGUCCGGACAUAGCCUACAGCGUCAACUAUCUUGCACGUUUCUCCAGCAAACCAUCUACUACACACUGGAAAGGCCUUCGACAUCUGUUAGGCUACCUCGCCAACUCAAAAGAUACAGCCCUACAAAUUAAGCCUGGGAACAAUGAAUGCUCACCGGUCGAAUGUUUUGUUGAUGCAAACUGGGGAGGCCAAAGCUCCAGAUCUUCUUAUGGUGUCAUCAUCCGCCUGUACGGCGCCCCCAUCAUGUGGGUCUCCCGGAGGUUAGUCACGGUUGCCAGCUCAACAUGCCAAGCAGAAUAUAUGGCGCUGGGCCACGCAACUCGCCAUGCGCUUUGGAUCCGCAACUUACUGUACGACAUAAUCGGUGCUAACUUCAAGGUGAAGAUUUUCUGCGACAACCAAUCAGCCGUCAAGAUUGGAUGUGAAGACGCGUCGAACAAAAGAACACACCACAUAGAACGCGAUUUCUAUGUGACAAAUCAGGCAUUAUUCGAACAGAAGACUAGUCUAGAAUGGAUUCCCGGUAAGGAACAGAUCGCGGACGUCUUAACCAAGUCUCUUGGCAAAACCGCGCACGAAAGAUGUAGUAACUCAGUACAGGGUUUCUUUUCUUAA